GCGGCUGCUUGCUGACAACCGGUAGGUUCCUGCAUCAGCAAACUUUCGUGAGCUGCUGCGCGGGGUCCGGGAAGCCUGGGCUCCAAGGACACCUCGGCCUGAUGUGUCGCCGCGCCCAUCGCGGAGAGGCCGCGCUGAGCUCGCCGGGCUACAGCGCUCCCAACCACUUUGCAACGCUAUCAAUAUACUCUGUAGCACUUACUCCGCUCGAUUAGGCUGAGCUACCGUGCUCAAGCGCGAAACACAACAGCCCGCUGCUGCAGCGCCCGCUUUUAUUAACCUGAGCGCCUCUCCCUGACUCGUCUCUAGGCACGAUGUUCCUAGUAAACUGGUUCUAUGGCGUUCUGAACUACCUGGGUCUUUACAACAAGAACGCGAAGAUCCUCUUCCUGGGCCUUGACAAUGCGGGCAAGACCACGCUGAUGCACAUGCUCAAGGACGAUCGCGUUGUGCAGCACCAGCCUACGCAGUACCCGACCUCCGAGGAGAUUCAAUUGGGCGGUAUCAACUUCAAAGCGUUCGAUCUCGGCGGCCAUGAAAUUGCGCGCCGGGUGUGGAAGGACUACUACGCCAAGGUGGACGCUAUCGUCUACCUGGUGGACUCGGCGGACCGCGAGCGCUUCCCGGAGGCGAAGAAGGAGCUUGACGGGCUUCUGGGCGAUGACUCGCUCGGUACCGUUCCCUUCCUGGUGCUGGGCAACAAGAUCGACAUUCCCACCGCCGCUUCGGAGGACGAGCUCCGCAACUGGCUUGGCCUCACAUACACAACCGGCAAGGGCAAGGUCAACCUGAGCGACCAGAAGAUUCGUCCCGUGGAGGUUUUCAUGUGCUCGGUGGUUAAGCGGAUGGGCUACGGCGAGGGCUUCCGGUGGCUGAGCCAGUACAUCAAGUAAAUGGAGCAGGGAGUCGGGGCGGGUGUCUCGUGGGAGGCUGCUUAACGUCAUAACGCUCGGCCGGGGGGCGCGGGUGGCCCCGGCGCGGGGCGCACGCACCCGUGUUGCUGUCCGCCUGGCACCCCGUUCGCGCUGCAGGGCGUCCACGCUGCUGCAGGGGUUGCUGAACUGACAUGACCAUAUUGACCUAUGACACUCAAGAGUUGAUUGACUGGUGUUGAGGCUGGGCCCGGCUGCUUUUGGAUGGCUUCUGGAAAUCUAGGCCGGCCACUGUGCAACAGCGUUUGGGCAGGGUCCGGAGGCUUUACCGCUCAUCACUGAACAUGUGAUUUAGGAGGAGUAACGUUGGAAUAGCGGAGAUAGACAGUUAGGAACGUGGCCAGGCAGGGGCCCUGCGGAGUCCUUCGUGAGGCGCAGCGGAUUGCCGUAGCACUGUGUCAGUGCCACAAUCAGUUUUGACUCUGACGGUUUAGGCUAGAUGUUGAGGACAAGCAAAGAGCAGCAUGGCAAAUUGAUGCAAGGGUGGCGCCGUCGCCUGUCGGCUCAGGCCUCAGGGCGCGUGGAUGACAUAUGGUUGGGGCGCAAAGACAAAUGCACGGAGGGAGCAGCGUGCGUGUGUGUGCAUGAGAGUGAGAGGCUUGAAGGCUGUGGAGGCGAGCGAGAUGGAUAAACAGCUUGUGUGUAAGGCGCGAUGAUG